AUGUCAAGUACCAGCAGUUCAAUUGAACAACUGAGAGCAUCAGGUAAUAAAAAAUAUAGUGAAAAGAGAUAUAAAGAAGCAAUAUCAAUCUAUAAACAAGCUAUUGAAUUAUCAAAGGAUGAUGCAACAUUCCCAUCAAACAUGUCAGCAUGUUGCUUUGAAUUGGGUGACUAUGAAGAAGCAAUAAAGUUGUCUAAAAAGGUGAUCGAGAUGAUCAACGUGCAAGGAGGAGGGGAUGAUCCCAAACAACUCACUAAAAAGAAUCUUGCUCGUAUCGCAAGAAUCGUACAUUUAAAGAAAUCAAAACAAGAGUUGGAGCAGUUGGUCAAUCAAUUCACAGACAAUGAUCUUCAAGACAAGACAUUUGAUUUUGAAAAGAUCAAGAAAUCGUUGGAUAGUUUGGAUCAAGAAGAUUGGACUAAAAAGAAUGGUUCUGGUCAUGUGAAUGCUUCUACAUUGCCAAUUAUUCUGCCCGCAAGACUAUCCGAUGCAGGAGAAUACUAUAUUGUCGGUCACGAUGUUGCAAAAAGUGCAUUGAGUCCACACCUCGACGGAAACAAGGUCAAUCCCGGCAAAGAUAAUCCAUUAACCACGCCGAGAUUAAAAGAGAUUGAAACGGAACGUAUCCGCCUACGCGAUCAUCUCUCACUAUCAUUCUUUUACGGUGGAGUUGGAGAUUGUCGCCAUCCAUUUAUCACACUCGCCGAUUUAAAUCGGCGACUCGCUGGAGAUGGGAGUCCAGUCCCACCCAACAUCAAGAUUCACUUUACACUCAACGAUAUCGUAUCGUCUGCCAUUGCUAGAGACGUCUUAUUCUUUACAUUGUUGGAAGAUAUUGGAAGAUGUAAAUCGAUUGAAAAAGUGUAUGACGAGCGAGAAGCAGCCAACGCAGCAGUUAUUCUCUACUAUACCUAUCUUGGUCAUGGUAUGCCAAAGGCUGUACACGCCAUGUUGAUAGCUCGACUUGAAAAGCUCAUCUCACUCGGGGACAGUGGCCAACUCCCCAAAUGGAUGUCGAUCGACAUGGCAGCCAAUUGGCCAGGUAUCAAAGAUGCAUUCGAAUAUUGGAUCAGUGACAAGCCAGAACUUACAUGGUCAGAAGUUAAAAAGAAAGCAGUGUCUGAAGGCGGUCUCUCUUGUGACCAAGAAUCAUCAAAUAAUGGAGGAAUCAACACGAACCAAACCCAAAUCUUGGAAGGGAUAAGGAAAAAUUUGAAUGACCCACAGUUUCUAAAGCAGUUUGGCGUCAACCCCAACGAUGAAGCAAAGAAGCAGGAAAUAAUGAAAAAUUUAAUGGCAAGCUUUUCCAACAAUGAUGCUCUGCAACAAGAUCAAAAUUCGAAUUUGCGGUUGUCUAGGGAGCUAGGUUGGCUCCGAUCCUUUGGAUACCCUCUCCUCCCAACGGUCAAUGCCGACUAUGACAAACACAUGACACCAGCCAAGGCAAAUCAGUGUUUGGAUGGAUUGCUUGCAAAAAAGAACAACAACAACAAUGACAAAACGGAUCUUUUGAAAACAUUUGGAAAAGAUGACAUGAUCAAGGUCAAUCCAACUCUUUUCGAUGUCGUAUAUUCUCGCAAAUCAAAUCAUGGUGACACGAUAUCGGAUUUUGGCCAUAAACCACUCGAUGUUGUGGCAGACUUUUAUCAAUAUGUUUGGAUGGGUGAGCCAAAGCAGCGCAACAAGACAUCGUCGUUUGACUAUUUUAUUCAUGCAUUCUAUCAAACUGCACGUGGUCUAGUCAGAUUGUCAUCAAGCAAUGCAUUGACGAUUGAAAUGUGUGUAGGUGAUUUCCAAUCAGUCUUGGAUAAUGUGCGUCACAACAAGGAGGAAAGAAAGGCAAGUGGAAUGGCGGUUGAAUACGACGGUAUUUACCUCAGCAACGUACCCGAUUACACUGGUUACUUGGGUUUGUUUGCAGAUACUAUUGAAAUGCUCAAACCAGUCAAACACUCUUACAUUGGUUGCAACAUUCUUCUCCAACACUACAUUGUGGAAAUCAUUCGAUGA